AUGCAGCAGUUUUCCACCAGUAGUAUGGUCUGCGCUCCCAACACGGACGGUGAGAGAUGCGGCGGUACUGCCCUCGACACAGUGCACGGCAGUGAGAAUCAUCUUUGGGCCCACGACGGUGCCAAUGAAUAUCACGGAGUUUCCGAACUAGUUGUUACGGACGAGGACGGCGCUGAAAGGGCAUUCGAGACUGGUGGCUUCAGUACCGUGAACUAUGGCGGUGACGAGAGGGUUGAAAAUAACCCAAAAUUGGGGCAAGAAACAUGA